AUGAGCGUCUUCCUCCGUAACCGCCUUUCCCUACGAGCCACACCCUCCUCCAUCUCCGCCCGCCAACUAGCACCUCUUCGCAGCGCCUACUACCCCCUGGGACAACGCCUCUACGCUCACAGCUCGUACGGGGGCGAAGGCGACACCGAAGCCCAGCAGCCCAAUAACCCGCGGAACCAACCCACGCGAGACAUUGAGCACCCAGGACCGCCUGCACCGGACACUGGAUCCGCGAAGAGCAGCAGCAGCAGCAGCAGCAGCAAGGAGCCAUCGAACAAGGCCCAUCCGACUUUAGCUGAUGGGGAUGAGUCGCCGUAUGUCGAUAAGGAUGGGAAGACCUCGGCGGAUGCGCCCGAGGAUGUGAGACGGCAUAAUGAGGAGAUUGAGAAGAGGGCGGAUCGGCCGUCGGAACGGGUUGGUUGA